UGUGCCCUAGAACAUUGGGCAUCUGCUAUAAGAUUCUCCACUAGGUGCAUAAUACAUGCCCCCAGAUGGAAUGGAGAUGGGAAUGGAGACUCUAUGUUCGGAAUUCCAGAUUGCUGUGUCAAGUUUGCCUGUAUCUGUAUGUAUGGCGGGACCAUGGAUGCAGCUUCGGUAUCCAGCAUGACAAACUAACUUUAAGUAUGGCUUUCAUAUGCUGUUGCAUUUUGGUGAUGCCCAAAUUCACUAUUAUACUACGUUAUUAACUGUUAUGCUCCAUUUAAAUGCCCUUGAGCUUUAACUUUGACCUUCUGCAGUAUACUUGCAUAUCUAUUUGCCCUUGUCUUAUACCGCCACCCUCUUCAAUUAUGGCUGCGAUACACUCUUCUACGUUGCACAUGCACAAGCUUUGAUCAUCUGACCGGCUCUCUGCCCCAGUAUACAUCUGCUAUGUCAGCGGCGCACCCACGCACCGUGCGCUCUGCUUAGCGUUUAUUACAAGGACACUGGGCAGCACAUCAUUUCUACAAACUCCAGUCCAUGUCCUUUAACCCCACCUUGUUUAUGUAAGCUUACAAUUUGCACCUGUUCACUAGUAUUGCCUAAUUAUCUAUGUACUUCUAUAUGCAUAUACGCUGUACCAAAUAGUUUUAUAUGAAUUUGUGUCAUCACAUGCACUUUUGUUCGCUGCACUUUAUCAUGUGUAUUAUGUAAUUAUGCAUUCGGGUAUUGUUAAUGUUUUUAUGUAUUUAUCACUAAUCAUGAUUUAUUGUAUUUUUAUGUCCUGUCACAUAUAUACCACCACUUGUACAAUGUUUGUUUGCUUAAAAAAGGCGGCUAUUAUAGCAACUGAAAUGUUGCACUAUGUGAUGAAAUAAAGCUACCUUUACUUUUUCCACAUUUGGGAGUGCUGCAGCAGCUCUUUAUUUUUAGUUGAUUGGAUGGUAUAAAAAUCUUUCUGCCUGGAAUGGGGGAAUUGGCAUCUGCCUCAUAUCGUUUUUUUCUUUUUUUUUUUCUUUUUUUUUGGCCUUCCUCAGGGUUAACAAAUGUAGUAGGGAUAAGGGUUUAGGUUGAUGGGAUCUUGUCUUUUUGAAACCUUAUGAACAAUGUUACUAUGUAAACAAAAAUGUGCACAAGACCUUGGCACAAUUGCUGUUUUUUGUUUUGUUGCAUUCCAUUGUAAAACAAUAUAAAGUGCAAUGUAAAAAAUAUGUUAUUGUGUGAUCAUAAACAUAAAAAACAUUGGUUAUUAGAAGCUGGCGUAAGAAUGUUUAGACAUCUGUCACCUCUAUCAAUGAUUAAACCACCUGUCCCUCUUUUUUCCUAGCAAAUAGGUGCAGUUUGCUAUGCAAAUUUUCCUGUGGCCUCUGAACUCACAUCACGUACCUGGGGAAAGUCCCUUUUGUAUGUAGCUCAGGUGGCGUCAGAUUACAUGGGUUGGGUGUAUAUAAGCAAAUGUUUCGUUUCACUCUUUUAGUUACACCUACUGAAUAGUUGGAUUACUCAAGCUUCUGAAAUACUGCACAGGGUCUGAGAUGGCUGGAGGAAGCUGCGAUAUCAGCAGUAUCAUUAAUAAUUCUAAUACAACUUUAUAUCCGCCUGUCCAAGCCCAAGCCGUGUCAUCUGUUGCCUUGACAAAUCAAGACAAUGACAGCUUACUUACAUUUCCUGCUGGCGAUCAAACAGAGAUAAGUGAAUGGGCUCGGGAAUUGCCGCAGAUGUGGACACAGCAGCAUGUGUUGGACUGGAUCAGCUAUAAUGUAGAGAGGAACAAGUGGGAUGCCAGCACUAUUGAUUUCAGCCAAUGUGAAAUGGAUGGACAACACCUUUGUCAGUUGAGCAGUGAAGAUAUGAGGAAAAUGUUCGGUGGUCUAGGGGAUAAACUCUAUGACCAUUUGUGCCAGCUGAAAAAUUGGCAAACGCCUUCAUCUAACUUAUGUGAUAUCAGUGAUUAUGAAGUAAAGUUCCAUCUUUCAGAGGGAUGGCCUUUGGAUUGGGACCUGAUCCAAGAAUAUAUUAAAAGUGAAGUCAAUUUUCAGUUUGAAGUCAAGAAAGAAAUAGACUUUAAAUUGCGUGGAGAGAAAACAACAGAUCCAAGUUACCACUAUGAUCCAAUCUCCCCUGCCAGCUCUGAGUCAUGUGUAUCUGGAUCAUACAGCCUACAAGCUGGAGAUUCUGCAGGAAGUGACCUUGACAUGGAUGCAAAAUUAUCUUUGGAAAGAGCCGGGCCACAAAAUUAUAAGAAAUGUGAUGAAGCCCCCAAUAAGAGGAGGAGGGGCAGACCCCGUAAAACAAAUUCAGAUAGCACAGAUAUCUUAGAGACUAAGAAAAGCAAGCACUCACGUGGUACACACCUGUGGGAGUUUAUUCGGGAUAUAUUGCUGCACCCUGACCUAAAUGAAGGUCUCUUAAAGUGGGAGGACCGAUCUGAAGGAGUUUUCAAGUUUCUUAGAUCAGAGGCAGUUGCCCAACUUUGGGGACAGAAGAAGAAAAAUUCCAGUAUGACAUAUGAGAAGCUUAGCCGAGCUAUGAGAUAUUACUACAAAAGAGAAAUUCUUGAGCGUGUAGAUGGACGCAGAUUAGUUUAUAAAUUUGGAAAAAACUCCAGUGGUUGGCAUCUAGGAGACACAGGAACCUUUGGAUGUUAGGAACAGAAUGUCAGACUGUGUGGAUUACUCCACUGUGCAUAUAUUUGUCAGAAUCCAGCCUUGUUUUUAAGGACGUUAUUGUAGCAUCAUUACGGUGCCAUUACUAAAGCUGAUAUUUUAGCUUCAGUAGGUUGUUGUAAACCAUUUUUAUUUGAUAGUUUACAUAGUUUGUUAUACUGUUUUACAGUGUAUUUACAGUAAGAAAUGUAUAUGAUGUCAUAAGUCUAACCAGAGGAAGGUGUCUUGAUACUUUGAAGAAGUUUCACCUACAAGCGGAAAUGUAUUCAUGUAGUGUCUUUGCUACUCUGUAGUACUUUAAUUCAUGAACAAUUUGUGUACUACUGUUAUUUAGGACAAUCAUUUCCAAUGCCCAACCUCUAUAAAUAUGUUCAAGUAGAUAUUUUGAAUCAUUUCUGUAAAUAUUUAAGUUUUUUUUAUAACAAAUGUUAUAUUAUAUCUUUGCACUUAUUUACAAAUAUUGUCAAUCAU